GCGCUCCUUCGAGUUGACGAGGAAGAGCUCGAGCUGCCAGUCGCUCGCCGCGCCCCUUCCCUCGUCGAUCCCAGCCGUUGCCAGGGCGGCUUCCUGCCUUGCCGAGCUCCGCCGCGGGCGCAAUUUUCGAGGCAGCGGGAUCGAUCCACUCUCUAGCCUCUUCCUCUUAACUGACACCCACAGAAGGACCCCCGUCUCCCCAAACGCACGCCCUACUUCAGUCGCCAUGAACCCCAGCUGCGCCCGCUGCGGCAAGAUCGUUUACCCGACCGAGAAGGUGAACUGCCUCGACAAGUACUGGCAUAAAGCAUGUUUCCACUGCGAGGUCUGCAAGAUGACCCUCAACAUGAAAAACUAUAAGGGCUAUGAGAAGAAGCCAUACUGCAAUGCACACUACCCGAAGCAGUCCUUCACCAUGGUGGCAGACACUCCAGAGAACUUGCGCCUUAAGCAGCAGAGCGAGCUUCAAAGUCAAGUUCGCUACAAGGAAGAGUUUGAAAAAAAUAAAGGGAAGGGCUUCAGUGUGGUUGCUGACACUCCUGAAUUACAGCGAAUCAAGAAGACUCAGGAUCAGAUCAGCAACAUAAAGUACCAUGAAGAGUUUGAGAAGAGCAGAAUGGGCACACCUGGAGGGGAAGGUGGGGAACUGGAACGUCGCAACUCUCAGGAGGGUGCCAACUACAGGAGGGCAGCGGAGCCACAGCCACCAUCACACCAGCAACCUCAUCAUGUCCAGCCAAGUACUCCUGUUUAUCACCACCAGCCACCACAACAGCCAGCUUCUCAGUCCUACUACAAGGAACCAGCAGCGCCUGUUUCAAUACAGCGCAAUGCCCCAUCUGGAGGAGGGAAACGGUUCCGUGCAGUCUAUGACUACAAUGCAGCCGAUGAGGAUGAGGUCUCCUUCCAAGAUGGCGACACUAUCAUCAAUGUGCAACAGAUUGAUGAUGGCUGGAUGUAUGGCACUGUUGAGCGGACCGGCGACACCGGCAUGCUUCCCGCCAACUAUGUGGAGGCAAUAUGAGCUCCACUCCGGUGCCACCCUGAAAGCAAACGGGGGGAGGGCUCUCAUGUGCUUCUUGUUCCAUUAUCCCUUCUCUGCUGUCUCUCAUCACACAUCAGUUAUUUCAUUAUGAACCUCUGACAUGGCCAUCUUUUACCCUUCUGCCAACAUAGCCUUAUUUUUAAAGGCAUUUGAACUCGGGGCAGGUGUUCUUUUUCUUUUUUAAAAAUCUAUCAUGUGAGACUUUCUUAAAGACCAGCUGUCAUUCUAUCCUUCCCCUCAGCUUUCAUGGAAUGUGACACUGCCUUUCUCCUCCCCAGGGCUCUGCCAUUUUUGGGACUGGUGAGGAUCCUGAAUACAGUGAGCCCAGCUUAACCAAAUAGCUACAUGGAGCCAGGAAAUAGUAUAGGGAGGCACAGGGGAAGGGAAUCAUUGCCAUGCUUGCUUUUGAGGAGUAUGGAACUUUGAGUAAAUUGAGAGUCUCUCUGAUCCAUUUCCAUUGAAAAAAUUAUCUGAGGCCUCUGUUUGCAUGUUUACCUUUGCUCAUUUAUAUUUUAUUAAGCCUUUCUUUCUAUAUAAACUUUAAAUAUCAGUUUGAAAGAAAUCAAAUAAUUUGUUAAGCAGGAGAGCCUUUGUGGAAUUGAAUGAACCAACAUAUCUGAAAUGUCUACAUGGGAAUGGAAUGCCAAAGUAGUUGCUGGUACAGGUACAGAAGGAGGGGCUUAGGAGGAAAGAAAAUUCUAGCUAGAGUGCUCAAUAUCUUGGCUCAGUAAGAGUGAGCAUCUACUUAGGCUUGAUGUGGGGCUUGAAAAGAUCAUGUACCCCAUAUUCCUGGGGAUAAGCAGCUGGACCACAACUGCUGCCCAAGAUUUUGCAGCUAAGGAGUACUAGUUUUCAUCACUCAAUUUUGGUGCUACCUCCUGGCUUGAGCAUGUGAGAGGAACAGCAUAUUUGAAACACUCCUGGACUUUCCUGCUGCUUUCUCCACCACCCCAAAAAUAACUUCAGAAAGAACUUCUGAACCAGCCUAUGCAAGACUCUCCCAGCUAAUGCCUGCAAAUAGCCACUUCUCCAAGAUUUCCUGGUGUUAGUGUUGUCCGCCCCCCCACCCACAUCUUUGUUUUUGUUAGCACUUAAUGUGCUCAGUAACCUUAAGUAUAACAGCCUUGGUAUGUAGAAUCACAUUUAUUGUGGAGGUGCUAUAUGUGGGACCAAUUGCUAUUUUUCAUAUUGGGAGCAUUCAUAGGGCUCCUUGUGUAGGCUUUUACUUCUGGAUCCAAGUCCCUGUCAGUCAAAAGGCAGACUAGUCAACAGCUUCAUCUCCCUGUCUUGUACCUUUUGAGCCAAGCAAUGUUUACAAUCGUUUGUCCUCUUCACUGCCCCUCAACCAGCUUGGUAGUUGGGUGAAGGGGUUUAGGGGAAUGAAUUCCUUGCACUAGAAAUAUACCUCUUCCCCCUUUCUCUGGUAUCAAGCUGGCAGUUGCUGGCUUGGUAUAGUAUCAUGGACCAAAAGCAAAUUUUGUGGAUUAUUUUGCUGUCAAAAUAGGGACCUACUAUAUAACUGGAAAUUUAUGGAGCUGGAAUUGUGUAAUGGAAGAACAAAGGCAGGGCAGAUUCCUCCUUAGCAGGAGUGAGAUUCUUAAGUUGCCAUUCAUUCAUUUACUGCAUGUCGAUUGCCCCUUCUCUUGCUACUCUUAAAGAUCCCCAGUGACACCUCAAAGUUGCAUCUGUGCUGGCAAAGAAAGGCAAGUCCUUUUGGAGAAACAAACAACCCCCCUGCAGUGCAGCAACCCAAACCAUUAGAAAUGGCUCGGAAAGCUGGUGUCUUUUACUCAUUUAGAAGUGAUGUGAUUGUAAAUCUCUGCAAACAGAAAUGAUAUCUGGGAAGUAUCUAGUGUCUUUAAAUAUAAUGUGAGAAGUUGCAUUGAGCCUAGUGCUCUCUAAUCAAGGCAAAUAAAAUGGUUGUUAGGCCUUUAGAGGUAGACUUUUUAAACUUUCUGCUUUUAAAAAAAAAUGCCCUUCAAAAGCACAUUUAUGUACAGGUACUUGGGUCUGCUGAAUUCCUUCCAGUUAUUUGUUACUUCUUCAGUACCUGGAUUACAUAAGGACCAAGUUGAAAAACUCAUUAUUGAUGCCAGCAUUGUUUGCAUGUAUGUAUUCUUGAUCUCCCCUUUCCCCCUUCUGUGCAGUUUAUUGGGGGCUAGUUUUCUCCCCACAUUAUUUCCACAUUUCUGUGUAAUUUUGUGGUGCAGAAAAAAGAACAAACAUACAUAAUAUUAAUAAGCACCCACUUAGUCUCUUUACAAGAGGUGCAAAAUAGGCUUACGUUAAGCAAGAGUUAAGGAGAGCUUUCUCCCUCAAUGUUUAGAUCCCUCAAGUUGAAAGCAAAGGGAUACUUCAUUUUGUCACUCCUUUAGUAAGUCUUGCAUUUUUGUACCUGGUUGAGUGUAGUAUGCUAGUGUCUUCUGGCUUAAUCUUGCAGGAGAUUUAGGCAUCCCAUGUGGGGUCCCUGCCUCAACCUAAAUUGUGAAGUUCUUGCGCAUCCCACAAAUCAGUGUGGCACUAUUUGGUCAGAAAUAGUGACCAAAUCAUCUACUAAGGUAGUAGAAGCACAAACAUUUUAGAAUAUUUUUCAUAAAGUUGUAGUCAAUGCUUUUCCCUUAGACACUUGCACUAGUAAAAGAGGUGUUAAAGGGAGAAGUGUUUAAGGCUUCUCCUUGCCAUAUCUUUACCCCAGAAAGAUCAGUUUGUUGAAAUAGAAAUGUCAAUGGUGGCAGCUUUUUCUUUACAAGGACAAUUUUAGAGGGAGUUAUGUGUCUAGGGACCACCUGACCUUGGAUAAACUUUCAGCUGGUGCCAACAAGAGUGACUGACAGGUGAGAUGUCACAUUCUUCUUGGUGCUAAGACAGUAGCACAAGCUUAGUAAUGGCUGUUUUUCUAACUGGUGAGAAUGAGGUAAAAUCAUGUACAGACAAUCCUUGAGAAGACAGCUUUGUGUAAGGGAGAUACAAAAUAGCAUAAUGUGAAUAAAUAUUUUUAGAGGACCAAAUAAAAUACCCAUUUUUUAAAAUCUCUCCUAGCUUUUUCACCCCUGCCCUGGGAGAAACAGUUUCUCACUGCUUGAUUUUUUUUCCUGCCUUCUUUGACUUAUGCACUUUUGCCUUUGAUUUUUUUCCAAUAGCUGAAAAGCACCUAAACCUGUAUUUAAAUAAAUAAAAUGUAAAAAAAGAAAAACAGCUAAAUUGCAUCUGUGUAGCCAUUUUAUUCAUGUCAAGUCUUCUAUACAUCUUAGCUUUUCAAGCUAGAUUUCAGUGUCUGAUAUUAGAAUGAUUUUUGUGGGUUUGGAAUAUAUUUUGGGUUUUCAUUUGUUGUCUUUGUGUAUUUCUUCUUUAUGGGCUUGCAUGCCCUCUCCAAAAGUCAUUUGGCCUUUUUCAAUGGCACCAUAGAUUCAGAUGUAACACUCAGUCUCUUCUGGUUUACACCAGUUUGAAAAUAAAAGUAUAAUUUUUACCUA